AUGGAUUCUGGAAGUUCGCAUCGUGCUCGCAGAUCUCGGACAGCGGAAGUAUGUCGUUUGUGCCUUAAAAAGCGAUACCUCGUCGACAUCGACUGCAAUCAAUACCUUUGUAUGCAGCUAAAGGAGUGUUUUCCACAUCUAUCGCCGGACGAUAGUGAGCUUCCGAGGUUUGUGUGUGGCGAAUGUUAUCAACUGGUGGAGAUAACGUACCAAUUCAUCAUCAGGACCCGUCGCACAGAAGUUCUUCUACGAUCAUACGUACACAUGGGAGGAGAUUUUCCCAACGAAGGGACACUGGAAGCAGAAUAUCGUCGGAGUUCGAAACGAUCGGCAUCACCGGAGAAGGAUAACCAGGAGGAGAAACCAGCAUCGAAGAAGAGGCGAUCGUCCGAAGAGUCAUCGAAGAAGAGGCGAUCUUCCGAAGAGUCAUCGAAGAAGAGGCGAUCAUCCGAAGAGUCAUCGAACAGUAAGAAAGACAACGAGCGGAAUUCAUCGAAGCACAGGGAUGAUAGUAAGCGAGAAUCGACGAAACACAAGGAGAAGGAUUCAUCAAGACACAAACAAACAUCAAAUCGCUCAUCAUCGUCUUCAAAGCGUAAAGAGAAGGAGGGCUACACCAAGAAGGGCAGCAUGCUACCUAAAGCAAUGACGGAGGCUACUAAAGCAAUGACGGAGGCUGAAUUGAAACGAUAUCAUAAUUCGGAUGAAUAUUUGUUUGACGGAGUAGUGGAUUUGGAACCAGUUAAGACGCAAAACGACCGUGUUGAAGAAAUCCAACCCCCAAAGGAUGCGGCUAUACGGAUGGAAUCUGUUGCUAGUCAUUUAAAAGGAAUUUCGUUAGAAAUGUCAUACGAAGAAAUGGCGAAUGUUUUGGCAGCACUUCAGACUAUUGAAAGCAGUAAAAAAGUAAGUAUGUGAAAGCUUUGAAUGGAUAUACAAUAAAUAUUUUAAAAUAAUAUUACUUCUUUGUUUUUCAACUUUCCCUGGGUGUUCGUCAUCUUUCGCUGGUUUAACUUUGCUUUGGUUUUGAAAAACAUGAUUGGUUGGAAGAUCCUUGAAGAUUUAUUUAAAUAAGAAAUAGAUAGUUUUUAUAAAAAUUUCAGUGGGUACAGCGGUACGAAAUGAUGGAGGAUAAGCAAAUUGUUUUUCAGGGAUGAUGCGGAAGGAUUUUUUGGAUUUAAUAACAUUAAAUCCAAACAUUGUUUAUUACUGGGAAUCGUCUAAGUAUGCGUUUGAAGGUGUCUUUCUUAAUCGCUAAAUUCGUUGUUCGGAAUAAUGUUGAAUGUAACACAUAAAUAUGUAAUGAAUUAGCUAUAAAG